UGGUGUCCAGACUCCACAACACAACACGUCCUUGGGUUAGGAGGAGGUGGAGGAGGCGGGGCGAGGGCGAGACAUCAUCCCAAUACCAAAAAAAGGGUCUCUCCCUCUCUACCCUCCUUCUCCGGCGACUGUCCGGCCAUGGGUUCUCCGCUGUCUGCUUGGCCAUGGGCAAGCCUAGGCGCAUACAAGUACCUGCUAUAUGGGCCACUGGUGUGGACGGCGGCGCAGGCGUGGCGGGAGCAGGGCGGCCCGCCGACGGGGUCUUGGUGCUUCCACCUCCUGGUCCUGCUGGCGCUCCGGUCGCUGACCUUCCAGCUGUGGUUCUCCUACGGCAACAUGCUCUUCUUCACCCGCCGCCGCCGCGUCGUCCGGGACGGCGUCAACUUCCAGCAGAUCGACGCUGAGUGGGACUGGGAUAACCUGGUGAUCAUGCAAACCCUGCUCGGGGCCAUGGCGACCAGCAGCGCGCUGUUCCCGGCAAUCACGGACCUCCGGGUCUGGGACCCAAGGGGCUGGGCCGUGGCCCUUCUGGUCCACGUCGCCUUCUCCGAGCCCGCCUUCCGCUGGGCCCACAAGGCCCUGCACCGGGGCCCGCUCUUCAACGAGUACCACUCCAAGCACCACUCGUCGCCGGUCACCCAGCCGCUCACCGCUGCGUACGGCACGCCAUUGGAGAACCUGGUCCUGACGCUGGCGAUGGGGGCUCCUAUCGCCGGGGCCUUCCUGGCCGGGGCGGGCUCCGUGAGCCUCGUCUACGGGCACAUCUUCGUCUUCGACUACCUCCGCUGCAUGGGUUACAGCAACGUGGAGGUCAUCUCGCACAAGACCUUCGAGGCCUUCCCCUUCCUCAGAUACCUCAUCUACACCCCGACGUACCUGAGCCUGCACCACCAGGAGAAGGACUGCAACUUCUGCCUAUUCAUGCCGCUCUUCGACGCCCUCGGCGGCACCGUCCACCCAAAAUCCUGGGAGCUCCAGAAGGAGGUCGACCAAGGGAAGAACGACCGCGUGCCGGACUUCGUGUUCCUGGCGCACGUGGUGGACGUGGUGUCGUCCAUGCACGUGCCGUUCGCGUUCCGGGCAUGCAGCUCGCUGCCCUGGGCCACGCACCUCGUCCUGCUCCCGCUCUGGCCCAUCGCCUUCUGCAUGAUGGUGUUCCAGGUGUUCUGCUCCAAGACCUUCACCGUCAGCUUCUACUACCUCCGCGGGCGCUUCCACCAGACGUGGACCAUCCCGAGAUACAGCUUCCAGUACUUCAUCCCGCCGAUGAAGGAGGGCAUCAACCACCAGAUCGAGCUCGCCAUCCUCAGGGCCGACAAGAUGGGGGUCAAAGUGCUCAGUCUCGCCGCACUUAACAAGAAUGAAGCGCUGAACGGUGGCGGCACGCUGUUCGUGAGCAAGCACCCGAACCUGAGGGUCAGGGUGGUGCACGGUAACACCCUCACGGCGGCCGUGAUCCUCAACGAGAUCCCCAGCAACGUCAAGGAGGUGUUCCUCACCGGGGCGACGUCCAAGCUCGGCAGAGCCAUCGCGCUAUACCUCUGCAGGAAGAAGAUCAGAGUCCUGAUGCUGACGCUGUCGUCGGAGCGGUUCCUGAAGAUACAGAGGGAGGCGCCGGCUGAGUUCCAGCAGUACCUGGUGCAGGUCACCAAGUACCACGCCGCCAAGACCUGCAAGACAUGGCUUGUUGGGAAGUGGCUGUCGCCGAGGGAGCAGCGGUGGGCGCCGCCGGGCACGCACUUCCACCAGUUCGUGGUGCCGCCGGUCAUCGAGUUCCGCCGCGACUGCACCUACGGCAAGCUCGCCGCCAUGCGCCUCCCCAAGGACGUCCAGGGCCUCGGCUCGUGCGAGUACACCAUGGAGCGGGGCGUGGUGCACGCGUGCCACGCCGGCGGCGUGGUGCACUGCCUGGAAGGGUGGGAGCACCACGAGGUGGGCGCCAUCGACGUGGACAGGAUCGACGUCGUGUGGAAGGCGGCGCUCAAGCACGGCCUCUCGCCGCCGUGACUCUGGCCCAAGGCGUAGCCAGCGGCGGCCGGCCGGCCGGCCGGAAUAACACAUUGGGUUUGUUCGUUCGACUACUGGAUCGAUCGACGGGCGUGCGUGUGUUGAUACUUGAUAGUAGCAUUGGAUGCUCACGUGUUAUAUGUACCUAGUACGAAUACCAAAAAAUGGCAGGAGAAGGACUCGUUAUUACUCCCUGAAACUAGUAACCGGGAACCGGCUCGUUUCAACCGUA